UCAUCUCAUUAUAUCUAUCAAAGGUAAAAAAAAAAAUAUAGAGAGAGAAACACACUCAUCUCUCUUGUUAUUAGGAUCGUCCUAUAUAAAUAUAAUCUCUCUCUAGAUUAUGUUCCUUACAAGUGGAUUCAUAGAGCAUUACAAUUUUUGUUAAAGCUAAGGGUGUAAGUGUGCGAAAGCUACGAUGUCUCUAUCCCGCACGUGCUCGCAGUGCGGCAACAACGGCCACAAUUCCCGAACAUGCAACGACGGAUGCAACGACGGCGGAGGAGAAAACAGCAUCAUGAUUUUCGGUGUCCGACUCACCGGAGGAAGCAACACCACCACCACCAACCACAACAACCCGUUCAGAAAAAGUGCCAGCAUGACCAAUCUCUCUCAAUACGAUCAACCCACGCCUCAAGAUUCCAACCCCGCCGACGCCGGUUACGUCUCCGAUGACAUCGUUCAUGCCUCCGGCAGAUCCCGUGAACGCAAACGAGGUGUUCCUUGGACGGAAGAAGAACACAAGCUGUUCUUGUUGGGAUUGCAACAGGUUGGUAGAGGUGAUUGGAGAGGAAUUUCUAGAAGCUUUGUUAAAACUCGUACACCAACUCAGGUGGCAAGUCAUGCUCAGAAGUAUUUUCUGCGCCGUCAUAAUCAGAAUCGCCGCCGCCGGAGAUCUAGUCUCUUUGAUAUCACCACCGAUACAGUGAUUGAAUCUUCUACUAUGAUGGAAGAAGAGCAAUUUCAGCAAGAAACGGUAGUGCCGCUGCCUCCACCUGGCCCCAGCGUAUAUCCGUCAUCACAUUACGGUGGCAUCCCCGGGACACCUUUUCCGAUGGGUCUUAGUCCGGUAGCAUUGCCGGUGCCGGUGAUGAGUGGUGAAAGAGCAGCCAAGCCAAUUAGGCCAACACCAAUGUUGCCUCCUUCAUCUAAGAUGGCUAGUUUGAAUUUGAGAGAUAAAGCUGCUUCUUCUUCAUCUUCUUCCAUUGAGCCUUUGCCAUUGUCAUUGAAGCUGCAACCUCCGUCAAAGGAUCAUUCGCCGGAUAGUAGCGGCCAUUCGUCGCCGUCUUCUUCGUCAUCGUCGGCUUUUAAAACUAUGUCUGCAGGGAAGUAUGGUGGCGGGGGUGGGGAUAGCAUUAUCAGUGUUGCCUGAAAAUAUAAGUUUAGUUAUGGUUUUUUUGGUUGACUUGGGUUUGUAAAUUGAGGGCAAAGUUGGAAAAAUUAAAAAAAAAGAAAAGAAAAGAAAAACAUUAGUUAAUUAAUUAGAGAUGAUAAUAUAAUUUAAUAUAAGAUAAAAUAUUAUAUAAAUAAAAAAAUAUAAGUAGGAUGGACUAUGAUUAAAAAAUUGGAGAAAAAAAAAGAAAGAGAAGAUAGGGUUAGGUUAUGUAGGUGAUUAGGCGAAUUAAUUGGUGUACAUGUUUGGAUGGGAAAGAGAAAAUCUAAAAUAUUGUAUGGUUGUGUUGGGGGAUUCUUGUUUCUAUUUGUCUGGGGGAGUGUGACUUUGAAGUGAUAGGGGAGUAGUGGGUACUCAUGGUCUCUUAUUGGUUUCUUUCUUGCAACUUGGUGUAUUGGUUUUUAAAUAUUAGUUUCGACAAAGAAUAAUAUAUUUCAUGCUUUUUAUUC